AUAUUUGCGUUACUUAAACUUUUGAAGUUUUGAAGAGAUUUUCUUCCGAAAAGUGAUUCAAAAAAAUUCUUUAGAUGACAGAAAUGAACAUAAUAGUAUUUCAAAAAUCAGCUUUUAAAAAACUUUUAUUCUAAUACCGUUUGUAGUUGUAUUCAAGAAACAUCUACGUAAAACUAUAAUGUUUCGUUCUGUAGAAAGUGACAUGAGCGCCUACAUUCAUCAACGUUUAAAUGUUCCGUGUAAGCCGCAAAGAGCAAUUUUAAUUAUGCGUGACACUAGUCCUCUUGUGAAUAAAAAAGAUCUUACACAUUUUGAUUUUCAAUCUACAAACGGCUGGAAAGAAAAUACACUGAACGCAGAAGAAAGCAGCGAAGAUAGCGAGCCGAAUAAGGAUAUAAUAUCUAUGAAAGGACGUAAGUCUAGCGUAAUGUCAUUAAGUAACGUCAAAAGAAAAAUCUCGUCUACUUUCCAAAGGAAAAACUCAAUAACACAUAUGUCUACAGAAACUCAGCCUCAUAUUUCACAACGAAAAAAUAGUAUCAUUAAAGACGAUGUAUCCGAGAUUUUAAAUAAACGUCAAAACAAAACAAAUACUACACGUGCAUCUGUUUCCAGCUACCCUGCCAGAAAAGAAAGUAUUAUAGGGCGCGAGGCGAACGCACUUAACACUGCUUUGGACAAACUGAGUAGCGCCCCUUUAGAAAAAGAACUUUACAACGAGUAUCAUUUAGAUAAAUGUAAAGAACAUGAAUAUAAUGACAGUAAUAAAAUCAACUAUUAUAUAGAGAAAAAUAGAAACGAAAGUAGUUUUGGAUGUAGAUCCAUUCUCCAAUCAAUAAAUUCCAUUGCUGAACCUUUAAAAAACUUUUGUUUGUUCUUACUAGGUAACAAAUCCACCGGAAAAACAGCAUUAACAGUUCGCUAUCUCACCGGAAGGUAUAUUCACGAAUACAAAUCUGUUCCAGAAGAGAAGUAUACAAGAACGCUAACUAUCGAGGACGAGCUUGCAGAUGUCAACAUCUAUGUAAAAGAUAUUGAACAGCUGAAAAAAGAAAUAGAACUGUUUGAAAACUCUGGAAUCAUGGUUCUUUAUUCAGUGGUCGAUCGGUAUUCAUUUGUCACCGCAAAGGUUUUAUUAAAACAUUUAACAGAAAAUUCAAUAGCUAAUAAGCACCCAAUUAUGCUAAUCGGAACAAAAAAAGAUUUGGCAAAAUAUCGCAAGGUUACUCGAGAAGAAGGUUUUGACUUAGCAAAUAAAAACAAUUGCUCUUUUUUUGAAGUAUCAGCGGCUGCUGAUAAAAAAGUCAAAGAUUGCUUUCAAAGUGCUUUUCGUCAAAUACAAGUAAGGAAGUUAUUGAGCACAACAAAUUCAGAAAAUUCUACAAUUUUCAAUCCUUCUAAAAUAUCACACGGUGGGUUUUCUCGACAUGGCUCUGUAUAAAAAACUAACUUUAAAUAGCUGGUUUUACUAUUUAGUCAGAGUUGGUCAAGCAGACGUCAGCAGUUCAGAAAAAAACUUGAUGCCAUAAUAAAUCGUAAACAAAAAAACCUUUAAAAUAGAUAAAAAGAUGGCGCAUAACUUUUCCUAUAUAGCUGUUGUGACUAUUCAAAAACAAAUAAUACGAAAAAUUAUUUUGGAUAUAAAAUUAAUUCUAGUAACUAAACCAGUUCAAACAAAUGCUGAAAAUGCCAUUUAUAAAAUACUGAAUUGCAAAAAUAAAAAUUGAUUUUGUGA